UUCGCAUUAUAAUUGACCAAUGGAAGAGUGCAACUUAUAGGAACAUUUCACAUAGCAAUGUAGCGCAAUCAAGGACUUGAAACAAUUGAAGCAAUACUGAAGUUAGCGAUUACCACUUCGGAUAGUUGAUAAGGGGAAGACCCCCUCGAGUGCAGCAUGAGAUUUAAAAUCCUGGGGAUACUCAAGCGAGAUCGAGGGAUUCCCGAUAAUGGCUAAUAAAUAAGAGCGAGAUUAUUCUAGUUGCGCUAAAAAUGUUACAGUGAGUGUGCAAUAAAGGUAUUCUUUAUCGAGAUAUCGCAUGUCUCGCAGAACGGUUUGUUAUUGGCGAAGAAGUGACAGUUCGUGACAAUCGGCGAUAGGAUCUUCACGUUCGGGAUUUUUCCCAGUCUCCUCCAAAUCGCGCAAAAGGAUGCCCUCUUAUCGGCCCUGGGGCUCGACGGAGGACGGUCGGAUAGAAUUCGAGUCCUUGACGAACGAGACUCUGGAGGGCGCCCUCAAUGUUAUACGGAAAAGUUUCUUCCUUUACGAGCCCAUAUCCGUAGCCGUGGACUUGAAGUCUGAACCGGGAGCACCCGAAGAACUCGAGGAGCUCUGUUUGUUCGCGGCUAAAGAUGGCGUUAGCGUGGUAGCCGUCGACAUCACCACUAACGAAGUUGUCGGUGUCGCUUUCAAUAAAAUUCAACUGUUCAAUGGCAGCUCCGAGAAGAACUACUUCGAACGUUUCAGCGAAAACUGCAAGUACAAAUCAUCGAAGGCUCUGGUGGACUUCAUGAUAAACAUAGAUGCACGAGUUAAUCUCUUUAAGCAUUAUAACGUCAAUUGUAUCCUUGAGCUCAUGUUCUUGGCGACUCUGCCCGAUCACGGCAAACGAAGAAUAGGCGAGUUGUUGACAAUUUCAUCGUUGGAGCUCGGUAAAGAAUUAAGACGCGGUAAAAAUGUGAAGACACCCGUGAUGAUACAUGGCAGCGACGAGGUGACAAACGCCGAUGCAAUACCUGCUUUGCUUUCCUGUAUCCCGACAUCCAAUUACUCCUAUCGAAUCAUGAGAAAACUGCACUUUGACCUGCUAUUGGAAGUCUCGUUCGAUGAGUUCGAAAUCAACGGGAAGAAGUACAGCGAGAAAAUAGACCCGGUCCACCAACAGUGUUACUUGAUGGCCAAGAGACUCACAAUAUAGAUGACAAUUGCACGAAUAGUUUCAUGCACAAGAAACAAAAUUUUUGCUCUGCAUUUUAUCGUAUUUAGAAAGAAUAUAUACUCUUUUAGCGCUAAUGGGAUAUAAUCUCUUAGAUAUAAAAUAAAAUAAUAUUUCUUACAAGUCAGUCAAAUUAGGUUGUGCAUUGCAGAAAGAAAAUUAUAGCGAUACGGACACAGUUCUCUUGUGUAAUAUAUUAAAGAUUUAUCUUGUAUUUAUUAUUCAUGAAACGCGUAAAACAAUGUUGGAAUGUAGUUUGCUCAUUUUUUAUUACUAACAAGUCAGUUUUCAGUCAGAUAUUAUUAUACACCAAAAGUUUCUAAUAUUAUCUAGUGUCUAUUUCUAUAGAGAAUAUUUUUUUCUUAUAAAUUCGUUUACGAUAAUGAUGUUUUUCUAGAGUAAAAAUUUUAUGAUAAGGAAAAUGUGAAUUGAAAAGAUCGAAAGAUAUUUUUAUAAAAAGACAAAUAAAGAUUAGAUAUGUCUAAUAAUCUUUUUGUAUCUUAAUAUUACAUUAUGUUUUAUUUUAUAAAUGAUAAACACGCGUUUUUAAUUUAAUAAAGAAUUUCAGAGAAUUAGAAGACAAUAUUUUUUGAUAUAUGUAAGAAACAAUUGUACUGACAAUGACUGAAAGAAAUGAUAUUAUGCAUAUUAUAUGUAAUUGAAAUAUAUCGCUUUUCGAUAUUUGCAUAUAAAUGCAUCACGGCGGAAAUAACAUGACAUGUUGACAUUAUUCGAAUAAUAAUAAUCAAAUAAUAAUAAUAAUGUAAUUAUCAAAUCUGUCAUCACAGAUAUAUAUAUAUAUAUAUAUAUAUAUAUACUGUAACAUCACAUGCAGUAAUGUAAUCAAAUGUGAAGAAUAAUAUGUUGGACUCGCGGAUAUUUCACUCACACGUGAUGGCAAUAAUGAUUGAAUAAAAUUGAUCAUUUCCUAUAAUAUUAUAUAAUGUAUUGUAUAAAGUUUUACUAUUUUACUAUUAUAUGUACUUAUCGAAAUCACAUAAUAUCAAGCUUAUGAAGUUGCGCAAUAUUAUUCAUUAAAGAUAAAAUACACUGUUGAUUGUUCAGAUAUUUGAUGAAUCUGUUAAAUAAAAAGUUAGAGGUUUCUCCCAAUAA